AUGUCUGACAUGCUGCUCUCCUGCUGCUUCCUGGUCUUGCUCUUAACUGAUUCAGGUUUCACAGCUCCUACACCUAUCCCAGAAGAAGAGAGCACUUCUUCAUCAGAAACAGAGGUCGACUUGAAGCUAGCCACAGACUACCUUCAUCAGUACUACAACCUGGAAAAUGACCAUUUGGUGCGCAUGAAGAGGAGCGAGCCCUCCUUUAUCUCCAAAGUGAAAGAAAUGCAGAUGUUCUUUGGGCUCAAUUCGACUGGCGUUUUAGACCCUGAAACUCUACAGGUGAUGCAGAGCCCCCGGUGUGGUGUUCCAGAUGUGGAGGAGUACAGUCAUAUCCAGGGCACACGCUGGAAUAAGAAUGUCCUCACAUACCGUAUAGGCAGAUACACCAGAGAUUUGCGGCGCAGCAUUGUGGACUCUCUGAUAGAGUCAGCUUUCGGUGUUUGGGCCAGAACCAGCGGUCUGACGUUCGUCAGGACACACAGCCACAAUGCUGACAUUAUGGUAGAGUUUGUAACCUAUGCGCAUGGGGAUUUUUAUCCUUUUGAUGGCCCCAGAGGCACGCUGGCUCAUGCCUUUGGUCCAGGCCUGGGUACUGGAGGAGACACGCACUUUGAUGAUGAUGAGCGCUGGACAGCAGGAGGUGCAGGGUACAAUUUGUUUGUAGUAGCAGCUCAUGAAUUUGGCCAUGCUUUGGGACUUAGACACUCUAGAAACCCAGAAUCCCUGAUGUAUCCAACUUACAAAGCCUUCCGUCCAACAAGCCUGCUGUCCAGAGAAGAUGUAGCCAAUAUCCAAGCACUUUACACUCCUCUCAGGGUUAAUAGAAACUGGCUCUUUAGACCGGUGCGGCCGAGGCUCAUGCAGGACAAAUGUGCACCAGACAUGACCUUUGAUGCUGUAGCAACUCUUGGGGAUGCCACCUUCUUUUUCAGAGACAAAUAUCUUUGGAUUAAACAUAAUGCACAGUCUGACAUAAAGGAAGGCCCCAUAUCAAACUUUAUGCCUAUGAUUGAAACCAGAAUCGACGCUGCCUUCUGGAUACCACGCAGAUCAACUGCUUACCUCAUUCAUGAGUCCACAUUCUGGACAGUAAGAGGGUCUGUUGUGAGGGGGAAGCCAAGAUCAAUUUCCUUCUUUGGAUUUCCAGCUUGGGUUCAAGAUGUUGAUGCAACUGUGCAUAUUGUUAAAACAGGGCGUACCCUCUUCUUCAUGCAUGAUAUUUACUGGAGUUACAACGAGAAUCGAAAGGUGAUGGAUUUUGGUUACCCAAGAUCCAUCAGUGAUGACUUUCCAGGAAUCAACACCACAAUAAAUGCAGCUUUCUAUAAAAGAAAUUUCAUCUACUUCUUUGUGGGACCACAAGUCUACAAAUUUGACUACACCCACAAAUCUAUUGUCGGAGUGGAAACAGCUAAUGCUUGGCUUGGCUAUAUGGAGUUGGUGUGCAUGUGGACACUCGUUUUGAGCACUUUUAUGUUGGUGGAAAUCUCGUGGACUCGACCCAUUGAGGAAGAUCAGCGUCUGACUCCUGAUGAUUUUGAGCUUGCAAAGAGUUACCUAAGAAGGUUCUAUAGUCUCAGACUCGGAGGCACAGACUACAGAGGUUCAACCCGUAAGAUCAGGUCUGCAUCAGCCAUGGAGCAGAAGGUCAGGCAAAUGCAGAACUUCUUUGGCCUGAGAGAAACAGGAAUCCUGGAUUCCAACACCAUGAAUGUCAUGAAGAAGCCGAGGUGUGGUGUUCCUGAUGUGGAUAACUAUAGUUUUUAUCCUUAUCACCCCAAAUGGAAGAAUCGUACCAUCUCCUACAAGAUAGCAAAGUAUACCCCAGACCUGAGUAGAGAGGAUGUGGAAAACUCUUUUCGUUUAGCCCUGAAGAUGUGGAGCGACGCAGCUCCUCUGAAUUUUGUUAAGGUCAACCAUGGCAAAGCUGAUAUUGUCCUCACCUUUGCACACAGAGCUCAUGGAGACUUCUCUCCCUUUGAUGGACCUGGAGGAGUGCUGGCCCAUGCCUUUCAGCCUGGAGAGGGGAUGGGUGGAGACGUACACUUUGAUGAAGACGAAACAUGGAUGACAGGGGGGCAAGGUUUCAGCCUAUUUGCUGUUGCAGCUCAUGAACUUGGUCACUCGCUUGGUUUGACUCACUCCAGAGACCCCUCUGCUGUCAUGUUCCCCACUUACAGACAUCAGAGCAGCAAACAGUACACUCUUUCCACAGAUGAUGUCCUGGGGAUCCAAAUGCUUUAUGGCAAACCCAAGACAGAAGCUGAAAAUCGACCUAAAGUUCCAAAGAAAUGUGAUCCCACGUUUUUCUUUGAUGCAGCUGUGGUGGUCCAAAAAGAGAUUGUUUAUUUUCAGAACAGAUUCAUAUGGAUGAGAACAACAAAGUUGACUUACUGGAAUCGGCUGAGGGAAGGCCACAUCAGCACAUAUUUCCCCGACAUCGGUUCUCCUGUCGAUGCCGCUUAUGACAUCCCAGCCAAAGGCGUGGCAUACCUAUUCACUGGUCAUAAGUACUGGGUGGUGCAACAGUUAAAGACACGAGGCACAGCUGGCAACAUCUCAGAGUUUGGUUUCCCGUCCAGUGUAAGGCGGGUUGAUGCUGCCGUUCAUGUUGCAGAAUAUGGGAAAACCAUCUUCUUCAUCGGACAGUUUUAUUACAGGUAUGACGAGCAAAAGAGACAGUUGGAUUCUGGCUUCCCCAGGUUCAUCCAGACAGACUGGCGUGGAAUCCCAGGAAAGGUUGAUGCUGCGUUCAAGUUGCAUGGCAACAUCUUCCUCCUCAGCGGGUCUAAAUCCUACCAAUAUGACUUCAGACAGAAGCGGGUGGUGAACAUAAUUGUAUUCGUUAACUGGAAAGCAAGCAAAUUACGAUUACUGUGUUUAGUUUUGUUACAACACGCUAGAUCAUACAUAUGCAGAAAGUCUAAGUUUGACUGUUCUAAUAUUUCUAUUCCCCCCAGCAGAGUAUUUGCCCUGUGGUCAAUGGAGUCACUCAACACGUUUGAAUCUGAAAUGGAGCCUGAUGGGCAGACACACUACUCUCUUUUUCCUGCUCUGGACAACAUAGCAAGCCUGUCAGGGGCAGCAGAGAAUCUAGAGAGUGAACCACCCAGCGAAAUUACUGAGAAACCAAAUCUCACAUGGCUUGAUGCCGCUCAGAUUGUACUGGAGGAAGCUGGCCGUCCCAUGCACAUAAAGGAGAUCAAGCAGAGAAUCAUUGACCGGGGACUUGUUCAAUCCAAUGCAAAAUCAAGCCUGGAAGCAGUCAUGUAUCGUGAGACACAAAAAGGAAGCAGGAGAUUCAAGAGGAUUGAAAACAGAAAUGGAGUCUUUGCAUUACUGACUGAUGAGGAGCGUCAGCAGGUCCUCACUGCCCAGGCUUUCCUCAGCUUGCCGCCACCGGCGCCUCAGAGUGGAGCCUCCAGCUCUGGCUCCGGGGCCUCAAUGCCUGCUUUUCCCUCUCCCUCAAGUUCCUGUGAGCAGAAACCGAAGAUAAAGAAGGCCCAGCGAAAAAACCAAAAUGAGAAGUACAGACUGAAGUACCAGAGGCUGCGCAAAGCUGCUCGCACCAUGAUAUUCGAAAAUGCUGCACUCUGUGAUGAAAUUGCUCACACAGAAGAGAGGUUUCUCAGAGCAAAAGAGGAACGCAAGUUCUUAUUAAAGUCCUUGUUGCAGUACCAGACUCUGUCAGAGGGGGAGCUCCUCCCCACUCCCAGUUCCAGCUCCGUUCCUUCUGUUCCACCUGCAGCACUGACUUCAGCUCCUGCUGCUGGGCCUUCAGGCUCGUCUUUGGCACAUAACCCAAUGUCGCUUGUGUCAAUAGGAGAGGAGGGUCUUCUUAAAAAAACCAAGAAAGAAAGAAAAGACCGGGGAAAGGAAAACGGAAAGGAAGAAUUUCCAAAGAAAAUGUCCAAGAAGAGGAAGCUGACAGACGGGUCACGCAGACUGGUGCAGCCCAUUCCGCUGGAUUCUUCAGGCCGUCCCGUGUUUCCCAUCGUACUCGGAGGGUUAACGGUCUACAGCUUAGGAGAGAUAAUCACAGACAGGACGUUGUUUUACGAUGAGUGUGCCAUCUACCCAGUUGGCUUCUGCAGCACGCGUGUCUAUGCCAGCAUGAAACACCCUGAGCAGCAGUGCCUCUACACCUGCCAAAUCAAGGAUGGAGGAAUCGGUCCACAGUUUGAGAUUGUACCUGAAGAAGAUCCUCAGAAUGCCAUCGUAGCCUCCUCUGCUCUGACGUGCCAUUCAAAUCUGCUGAAGGCUAUCGUUUCCAACAGUUCCCAGGCCGUGGCACCCAUAAUUCCAUCAGGAGCGGACUUCUUCGGCUUCUCUCAUCCAACUAUUCAGAAUCUCAUCCAGAGCUGCCCCGGAGCUCGCAAAUGUAGCAACUACAGGUGGAUUCGUUUCGAGGUGUGUCGUCAUGGUGAUAGCCAGCUCCCUCGCGGCCUAUCAGAAGAUGACGCUUCGAUUAGCUUCGAGGCCUACCUGAGACACCAAGGCCUGGAUGGGAGCAUCAAGAUGGAGCACAUCACAGGACAAUCGCCUCCAUCUCCUAGUUCCUCGCAUCAGCAACACCAGACCUCCCCCACCAUGAAGCCCUCCACUUCUUAUUUUGGCUCCUGAGAGUCCGCUUUGAAAUCACGUCUUUUUUUCCCUUCAGUUCACCAUUUCAAAAAUCCAAGUCUUGUUUAACUCAAACAUUUCUGGUGUGUGAUCUUUCAGGAUUUCUUCAAUGAAAUACCUCAGAGUGUCUACAUGCUAAACAUGGCUGAGCUGUUGCAUUCAAAAAUGUCAAAUAUCUGGUUUCUCUGUGUUAGUAUAAAGGUUGAUAUUGGUUGUAGAAAUCAAGUUGAGUUUAUACUGUUCCAUUUUUUUUAAGUGUACAAUCUUGUCUAUCAACAUGGAUUACAGAAGCAAAUGUUGCAUAGCUGUAUAUAAUCAUGAUGAAAAGUUGUAUAUAGAAUUAAACUGCCAUUUAAAUG